UUCUGUAUGUUAUGAAGACUAACUUUCCCGAUCCCGCCUCAUUCAAGUUUUUAGUACACCACGAACACGAAGCCGCAUCUCCAUCAAAAUGGGCCGCACUAAGCAUCUUGUCCUGAAGGACCAAAGUUUCCUGCCCGAUCCGCGCGACCACAUUGCAGCGUCGGUUCCGAUCAUUGGAACUCCUGGGGUAAGGGUUUAUCGGGACGAGGAGCUGUAUUUCCGGCAGGAGCUUCUAAAGUCCUCGAAAGCCAAAACGAAUAACGUGAUCCAAUGCGUCAAAGCGUGGAAGGGCUUGGAAUCAGAAGUAGCGGGGAACACUGCUAAUCCAGAUACACAUACAACUCGAGCGCCUUUUCGGGUUUCGCGUCCGUCUGUUGUGGCUUUGCCUCGAGGAUCGGAAGCUUUGCCGGCGCUAGAAGAUGAUCUGCUGGGAAAGACUUCGCUCAACUUGUCUGCGGUAGCGCAGAAUAAAGAGAAGAACAAGGGGAAGGGCGGUGCUGUUUUUUCACCUGCACCACCAGCUGCCAAACCGGAAUCACCUCCCCGUGUGCUCGUCGGUGGCGGAUUGGCACGUCACAGCAGAAAUGCUGCACAUAAUAAUUCGCGACUGGAUCAAGCCCAACAGCAUGACCACCAGGACCAAGCUGCAGAACAACAAGCUGCUUCUCCUUCAUCAGCAACUGGAGCUGAGGACACAAUUACUCAAGCUGGAACGCCGCACUGGACACCGCGCGCGGAUGCGGAGGAGCCCCACGAAACCGACACGCCGCACUGGACCCCAAGAGGCGGUGGAGAACCGCAAACAGAGGGCGAGCACAGCGCAGAUAUUCUUGAGCAGGACCACCGUGUCCUUGACGUGACAACCAAUCUCGAUUCAUCCUCCAGUGAGAACACCGAGCUGCCGCAUCACACGCCGCGAGCCUACGUGGAUACCCCACGGACGAACACGCCACGGACGAACACCCCGCGUACGGAACACCCAGACACCGACGUACCCAGUGAACUAGAAAUCGGCGCCACCGCUAAGAACAUCUCAAGCAGGGGCGUGGUGAAGGGAAAUACCAGCAAAGGAACUGCUGGCAAGAACAGUACUGUCAAAGAGCAGUUGCAAACUCUGAUUUCGAAAGUUUUGCAGAAAGCGGUUUCUCUAGGUCCAGAUUUCUACACAUUUUCUUCCCUCGUUGAAGACAUCGACAGCAGUGACGGAGUGGUUUCCAUCGUCCCCGGUCUCUGGGACACGAGUUUGAGUAGGACGAAAUACCAAUACCCGCUGAAGUUCCCUCCGACAGCAAGCGAAUGGCCGAAUUACGUUCGCGACGAUCCGGAUGCGACGAUUUUGGAGAACCGGAAGAGAGCCGCCGAGACGCACAGGCUGUUACUGGCGCAGCAGAGUAAACCGAGAAAAGCGAAGCUGCUCGAUUUCCGCAAAAUGCGGGAGCAGGAGAGGCUGUCAAUCUUACAGCGGAUUGAGCGGGAGGGUCUGGGCCCGAAUUUGGCGAUUAUAUCUUCAUCCGCGGGACAGCACAAGCAAAGUCGAAAGCGGCCAGGAGUUGCCCCAGAAGGGGAGCUGAUGAGUGAAAAUUUCGGAUCCUCUACCUUCGGCACAGGUGUAGGUGAGAGCAGCCCGAGAAGUGUUUUUUCCGAAACGUUGCACAUUACGCGGACGCCGACAGGGUCGAAGACGACGACGACACACGACGCUAGUGUGGUAUGCUGUGCAAAAGUAUCGUACUCGUAUAAAUGCAGGUCUUGCAUUAAAGGCAAGUCAGCAUUUACAAAUUUUAUUUCUCAUGCUGAGAAAUGCAUUUAUAUGAGUACGAUACUUUUGCAGUUCAUAUGCGGCGCACCAUGACAACGAACAAGGUGGCGCCGGAGCAACCAUGUCUACUCGCCCUAGAAAGCGACCGACGAGGGAGAUUUUUGACUUCACCGCCAUGCUGAUCGAGGCGAAAGAGAAUCCGAAGAGCGGGAAGGUGCGCAUUCUCCGGAGAACUGACCACACAUGGUCCAGCGCGGAAAAACUGGACGAAUUUUACGAGCUGUUGUCCAAAGUGCCACGAAAACGCCCGACAAACACGAUUUUCGAUUUCAACUCCAUCAACAACUACGAUAAUGUUGUAGUUGCCGGAGGGGCAGGGGCAGCACCAUCACCAGGAGCUUCGCCAAGAACUAGACCCACAACCAACCAGGAACGCGGCCCCAUUUCUUUGUCCUCCGCAGCUGCGGGUGCUCCGGGAGAAAAGCCCGACAUCGGCGAAAUCCCGACGGACGUCAAUGUGCUUGUGAAUUUCAACGAAAGACAGUUCGAACAGGCACGAGCGCAAGAAGAACGGGAAAACGCCAACAUGGCGGAGUUACUUUCGUUCAUGCAGCAUGAUGACGAAUUGCUGAUGUCUACUGCGGCCGCGCCAGCACAACUACCCGAAAGCGAGCAAGACGACGCGGUUCUGUUUCAGCAGCGACCCUCGAGAAGUUACAUGCAGCCGAAGUCGAAAAAAAACCCGCCUGGUGCUCGAUCGUAGUGUUGUUACAAUCAGAAUCAUCGUCCGUGUGGUUUAGCCCCCGACACACGAAACAAGCAUUAGUAUCUCUUGAUGCUCCACGAGCAUCGCUAGCGCUACAUCCCGAUGAAGCAUUUCCAUUAGUAACGAUGUCUGUGAACAACUACACGUGUGUGUCGCCUAGCAUGCACAAUCACACCCGCUGUGCGCAGAAGCAGUAGCAGGCCAAGAGUUCAUCCAGUUUUAUUGACAGCAGUAGUCGUGUUCGCUGCUCGUGCUGCUACAGCAUUCGUAUUUGCAAUCGUGAGGAAGUGCAGCUGCAACGCAAGAAAAGAAAAAUGCGAAUUGAUAUAGUUCGGUCGUUGAGAUACGCAAGAGAACACAAAGUAGUCCAUUUAAAGUCGGUCGCGUUCGCGUAUGAAG